CUGGGCGCCGCCAUCUUGCAGUCCGGGAAGAGGGAAGUGGUUGCUGGGUUAGACUGGGCAGGGAGCGGCGGCCUGUCACACACCGACACCGAGAGAACCUUCCCUGUCACCCCGCCAGCAGCCGCCAUGAUCCUGCUCGAGGUCAAUAACCGCAUCAUCGAGGAGACCCUCACCCUCAAAUUCGAUAAUGCAGCGGCUGGGUGAGUGGGGGGCCGGGGAGAGGGGGGGUAAGGGGGUCUGCCAGGAGAGCCUAGGGUAGGGGUGCCAGAGGUCUUCCAGGAGGAGCCUGGGGGUAAGGGGUCUGCCAGGAGAGAGCCUGGGGGGUAGAGGUCUGCGUCUGCCAGGAGGAGCCACAGAGUAGAGGUCUGCCAGGAGAGAGCCUGGGGGUAAGGGGUCUGCCAGAGAGCCUGGGGGUAAGGGGUCUGCCUGGGGAUUAGGGGUCUGCACCAGGAGGAGCCUGGGGGGUAAGGGUCACCAGAAGGGGAGUCUGGGGGGACUUAAGGGUCUGUGUCAGGGAGGAGCAUGGGGCUUAAGGGGUCUGUAUGGCAUGGGGGUAGGGGUCUGUGCUAGGGGAAGCAUGGGGCUUAAGGGUCUGUACUAUAUGGGGGUAAGGGGUCUGUGCUAUAGGGGAGUAAGGGGUCUGUACUUUGCUAGGGGUAAGGGGUCUGUGCUAUGGGGGGUAAAGGGGUCUGUGCUAUGGGGGUAUAGGGGUCUGUGCUAUAUGGGGGUAAGGGUCUGUGCUAGCAGGGAGGGGUCUGUGCUAUGGGGUAAGGGGUCUGUGUGGGGAGCAUGGGGCUUAGGGUCUUGCCAGGGAGCAUGGGGCUUAAGGGUCUCUGUGCCAGGGGAGCAUGGGGCGUGCGGGGUGGAGCAUGGAGUGGGGUCUGUGCUGGGGUGGAGCAUGGGGCGUAAGGGGUCUGUGCUGGGGUGGAGCAUGGGGGCUAAGGGGUCUGUGUCAGGGGGGAGCAUGGGUGGUAAGGGUUCUGUGCUAGGGGGGAGCAUGGGGGGUAAGGGGUCUGUGCUAGGGGGGAGCAUGGGGGGUAAGGGGUCUGUGCUAGGGGAGCAUGGGGGGUAAGGGGACUGUGCUAGGGGGGAGCAUGGAGGUAAUAUGCCUGAGGGGUAAGGGGUCUGUGCCAAGAGGGAAGUAAGAGGGAAGAAAGUUGGGCAAAUAAAGGGUUUUGUUUCUUGUUUCAGUAAUGAUGCUAGUAUUUAGAGGUGUAGUUCACAGCAUUACGCUGGCAGGUAAGGAGAUUAAGGCGUGGGAAAGGUGGUAAUGGCUGUGGGUGGUAAAGGUUACAGGGAAGAUUACAGGCAGGUAGAGGUUGGGUCUCAGUCUGGCAAUCAUUACCUAUUCAUAGUGGCAAAGGGACGUGUGUAUAAUCUACUGUAAAUUUAUGGGAGACGGUGAACCUGUAUCCUCCAUCUGUACAAGUUCCAUUCAUUUAACUCCUAAUGAUGUUACAGCAUUUAGUGCCUUCAUCUGACUGUUCUACGUAAGAAAGGGCCUGCCAUGAACUGGUACUCUAGCUGCAAAUAUAUUGUAAAUCCCAUCACUCUCAACCACAUUGCUGACUGACGGUUUAACUUGUAGGUCACCAGCAGCCAUUAUGGGAUAUCUGCUGCAAAGUUAUCUUAGUCUGCGGAAACAUUCCAUUGUUUUCCAAGGUGAUGGCUCCACAUUGUGCACCUUGCAUCACAGUCACUAGUCAUACAUUACCCUGCAUGUUUAUUCAUUUAUUUACUGUUAUUAUAUCUUGCUAUUUUGGACCAUGGGUAGAGGAGCAAUGUGUUCUAAGUUGUUUGUCUUUGACUGGGAGAAUGUCCCAUCAUGCCUCAUACCUCUCCAAGCCACAUUUAGAAAUUAAACAAUAGACAUUAUAAGGUAUACUGACGGCAAAUCUGCUCAAAAUCAUAGCAUCCUCUUUUAAACGCUCUGUAAUGCGCAGCGUCGCCUUCCUGUUCAUGUUCAAACUGAAACCCCCACUAACUCAUUUGUUACUUCCUCCUCUGCUGCAUUUCACAGCUCGUUCAGACAGGCCCCGUCUUUGAAUCAUUCCUUAUGCAAGCGUGCAUGCUGGAACAAGCCUAACCAGAUGUUAUCCAAACUGGAGCCUUACUCAUUCCUUGAACUGUUUAUCUUCAAACUUUUAUUAUUAUUUUUUUAAAAUAUAUUUCAUAUACCAGUGCCUGGUGUUGAAAGUUUCACAAAUGAUAUUGACAUUUUAUGUUAAAUAUAGCCUUUGGCAAGACACAUCUCACAAAUUGUAAAGUUCAUUAUCUUUCAGUUACCAGUUUACCGUUACAAGACACUCCAAACACCUAGAGCAGUUUAGCAUGCUUUUUUUUUACAAAAAGUGCAGAUUUCAAUCGAAACUGCCACUUUUAUAAAAUUACCUUUUAAUACCCCAGUCCUGUUACUACUUUGCUGUUUAGCUCAGUGGCCUAGAGCACCUGCCUUGCAAAGAUUUCUUAUUGGGCUGAUUUUCAAUAUGUCCACAAUGGAAACAAAAAUGCAUAAUUAAAUGCAUGCUGCAUGUUUUCAAUGAAGGUAUAUCUACUAAAUGCUAUUUUUUAUUUUUAUUUAUUUUUUUCAUUUGGGCAGUGUUUCCCUUUCAUAAUGCAAGUAUUCAUAAGUGAGAAAAUAACUGAAUUUGUUUAUAAAUUCAUUAUAAAAUGAAUUAAGCUUAAAGGAACAAUUUAGGGUCAGGAAUACAAACUUGUAUUCCUGUCCCUAUAUUGUUAAAAACACUAUUUAGCUACCCCUUAAAUAAACAUAAAACUCACCUUUAUUCCAGGGCUGUACAGGUCUGGCGGCGCUGGCUCUGCCCCCAACCCACCUUCUUGGCUGACUUUAUCAGAAUUGAUGAUUUCAGCUAAUCCAAUGCUUUCCCAUAUCAAAAGCAUUGGAUUGGCCGAGAUCAUAAAUUCUGAUUAUCUCAGCCAAGGAGGUGGUACUUGGGCAGAGCCAAACGCCACCCUGGCCAAUCGGCGUCCCCUCAUAGUGAUACAUGCAGAGCGUGGAGAUGCUGAACGUCAGUGCUGCACAUUGUGAAGCACUGACCCAGGAACCACAUCUAGUGGCCGUCUGAGUGAUUGCCACUGGAGGUGUCUCUAGGGAGCAAUUUAAACACUGCCUUUGCUUUGAAAUGGCAGUGUGUACAUGAAAAUGCAUGCAGGGACUGACUAUACUCACCAGAACAACUACAUUAAGCUGUAGUUGUAAAUAAUGUCCCUUUAAUGCUACUUCUCUCCAACCUUAUACAAGGCUUGGGCUUUUGUAUGUAUGUAUCUGUGCUUGAUAAGUGGUGUUUAACCAGGAGAUUUAUUCUGCUGUUUAUUUGACAUAUAAGAUAAUCUGUUUUAUUAUAAUUUGCAUACAUUGUGCCAGCUGGUAAGUUGUCAGUAACUGUAAACACAUAUCAAGCUAGGGGAGCUUAUAGUCCAAUAUUGUCUGUCUUCCUGCUUCACAGAGCCGUCUGUUAAUGCUUCUGAUCCCAAGUCACAGCCAAAUGACAUGGUUCACACUAGCUGACUCUUAAUAUUUGUCUGUUUCAGGAACAAGCCAGAGGCAGUAGAAGUAACAUUUGCAGGUAAGAUCAUCCGCCCUUCGCAUUGCCUGAGUCUGUCAAGAAAUGUUAACAUCGUUCCUUGAUGACCAUUGAUUCUGUGUGUGUGUUCAGUAGCUGCAAAAUCUGGUUCAUUCGUGUAAUCUGCAUAGACCAUACAAUAUGCUCCUCAUUGAUGGAACAAUACUGACCCUUUCUGUGUAAUACUCGCAGGUUACUCGCUAAAUACCAAAUUGCAGCAAAUUGAAUCUGAUUUCCAAAAUCUAGGCUAAAAUGACUUCUUUGGAAAAUUUGACAACUUGGCUGUAGUGGCAGCUUGACUUUUUGGGCUCCUUUCCAUGAAUGUUUGCGUUUGUUCAUAUUUGAUCUAACUGAAUAAACCCCACAUAGUUCUUAAAGGAACACUCAUUACUUAAACAAACAUUUCAUCUCAGUGGGAGCGCGAGCCACUGGUUUUCAGUCUUAGUUUAUGGGGUUUCAAACAAAUUUACCCAGAAGUUGUUUUUUUGGGCUUCUGUCUCCUCCCGCUGCUACCACUGCAGAACCCCUCUGAUCACUGCAGAAGACUGAAGAGACAGUACUAAUGGGCGCUGGGGGACAACUGCAGGGUUAAACCUUUCAAAAAUGGUUUAAACACUGUAAGAUAAGACAGCACCCGGGCACUCCUUGCCCUACACCAACUUUAUUGAGAUUAUUUUUUUGUUGUUGGUGUGGGAGUGUCCCUAUAACUAAAGCUUAUAUUGUCAGGAAUUCAAAGCAAAUUUUAGGCCAAAGUAGAAAAAUGGUAUAGAUAUCAACAUCUCAAUAUCUUAUAACGAUUUGGAAGUGUGUUUAGUGUCUGUUUGAAAAACGCAGCAUUACAGGAGCAGAUGUCUGCACUAUGGAUACAUUGGAUGUUAAGUAUAAAAAAAAUUAUAUUCUAAAAGUGGGGCAAACCUGUAAAGGGGGAAGUCAUUGCUGGAAUGUGUCUCCUGGUUUACAUGGUGAUUGCUCAAUGUUUAGUACUUCAGACCACUUUUCAUAAAUAACCCCUAUUAUAUUGGGUUAUAAAGUGUGGAUUCUGCAGGUUUUCUUCUACCUUAACCAUUCUCUUCUCUUUUUUUUUUUUUCUUUUUUUUUUUUAAAUACAAUGUGAUUUAUAGAAGCCAAACAUAUGAUAUAGGAAUAUAUAAACAAUUGGCGGAGCGUGACUGUCUAGCAGCCAGCUUGCUAGGAAACGUAUUCCGAAUUACAUCAUUGAUUCCGUAAGGUUGUCCCCAUCACGGAGUAUAGUAUUUUGUGUGGUGUAACUGGAGGGAUUUGGGCCAAAAUACACAAGGGUGUAGUCCAUAAAAACCUCUUGAAGUUUUGGAACAAUGGGAGGCAUUUUUUGUUUUAAGCAAAUCAUUGACAGAGAAAUUGUAAAAUAGAUUGUAGUUAACAAUUGCAUAGGGGGAUAAUUUAAUUUGAGUAGACUAUAGGCGACGGUGAAUAACUGAGGGUAUUAACAGACUCUCUACAUGUGAUUAUAAUCCACGAAGUUUUAGUCUGCCAUUCUCCACAUGUCUUUUAGUCCCCAUUGCAUUUAUCAGUACGCCAUUUACACCGUUCAGCCAUCCCUUGCUUCCAUCACUAACCUAAAGCACGCUGCGGUGUUAGUAUAUGAUGAUGGGGUUGGUCCUAGCACAGAGAGCCAGGACAGCAGGACUGCCUCUCAUUUGCUAUAGUGUUGAUACCUUUUUAAUCUGCUUCCUCUCCAGACUUCGAUGGAGUGCUUUACCAUAUCUCUAAUCCAAGUAGUGACAAAGCCAAGCUGAUGAUCAGUAUUUCACUAAAGUUCUACAAGGAGCUACAGGAACAUGGCACUGAUGAGGUGAGAAUCCCAGAUUUCUUCGGUAUUAUGGAUCAGUUUUGAUGCUGUGUAAAAUUAGUUGUGUGGAUUAUUUUUUAUAAAUUACAGAAUGAUUUACAUACAGCACCAUAUUGCCCAAUCAUUUAUGAAAAGGGUCAUGUAAAGCUGUAAUGCAAAUUUCUCUCGUAUGGAAUCACAUUUGUUGUUUCACUGGUAGUGCAUUAUGGGGCAUGUAGUACCGAUCAUUAGAAUUGUUUGUGGAGUUGCUUGCAGUAUAUAAAAUGUAACCACUGAUAAAACAUUUCUAAAACUGGAAAUACAGUAUUUACACAAUUAUUUUUUUUGCACUAGUACAAAAAAAAUUAUACCUACCAUAAGCAAAGGGAUUUUUUUUUUCUGGAAAGUUUUUAUCCAUUUAAGUUUCUGUAGUAGGAUUUAAUAGGCUUUAAAACAAGCGAUAGAUAAACCGUGCCUAAUGGAAGUUAACCCUUUAGUGUAAUCACAGAACACACACAUUUUUAUUUAUAUAUAUAUAUUCUCAGAAUAGAGUUUUUUUUAUUUCACUGUGUAAUAUUGGAUAUCUCAAAAAGAAAAAAGUAGAAACACACACAAUAAUAGUGCAAUAUGUUUACAAAUGUAAAUAAAGUAUAGUUGUGUAAUAAAGACACACUCACACUUUUUAGAGCUUCUAAGAGUUCUUCUGUAUUUAGCGAGGACAGUAUAAUACCCGUCUUAGGAUAUAUAGUGAGUGGUGGUAUAUCUCAAAGAGAUAAUGUGAGUAUGUGGAGACAAAAGAUUGGUAUAUUCGAUGGUACAGUAUGAAGAUAACGAUGUAAAAUAAAAAGGUAAGUAUCCUACUUACAUGUUACAGAGCAUGGACCUGCUCUGAUGUUCUUGAGCUUUUGUGGUACAAUCCCCACCUGGAAUGAGUGGAACCAAGAAGCCAGUAAUUGCAGAGUGCAAAGUAAAAUCCCAAAUGAAUUAAAUCUAAAAAGGAUUAACUUUAUUGCAACAUAAAAACAAUAAACAAACUAAACAAUAUAAAAUACUAUGCUAAAAUCAAAAGCAGGCUAUAAAAUCACAGUUAACGCGUUUCCCAUUGGGGUUUCAUCAGAAGUGUGGCGCUAAUGUGCAUGACAUCUUCUUAUAUAGGUUGUCUUAAUACAUUAUAAGUGUCUGGCGUUGCUUGGAUAUCUUAAUUAUCUUCUUUGGUUACUUCCUGUAUCGAUCGUGCUGGAAAAUUACGUCUUCAGGAUCAGUUCUUAGUUGUGAUUGUGAUUUAGUUGUGAUGCAUCUGUAAUACAUACGGUAGUUGUAUUUGUGAAAGCCACCUGGAAGUGACACAUCUCGCAUGUCCUUACCAUAGGGUAGUGGCAAACGUAUGGCAGAAAUGUUGCGGCUCGAUUGUCACUUGGAAGUGACAUUGCGCAGAGAUGUGUCAGCCCUCUGGUCCAGCAAUAAACGUGUGCAUGCGCGGAAGUCAUAUGUGUUUAAAUACCUACAUAGAGUCCAUAGCGUUAAAGGGAACAUAAAAAAAUACAUAAUUUGUAAGGACAAUAGCCAUUCCUCAGCACAUAUAACAGGAAACAAAAGAAAACAUAAAUAAUACGUUCAUAUUGAUGUAUUGUUAACAUGUAUUUAAAGUUGUGAGAGCAUAGAAGUAGAUUUUGGCAGCAUACUAAUAAGCUUUAAUUGUAGUUUAAAAAUACAAAACGGGGACUGGUUGACACCCCUGCUCUAAUCAUUUUGGUGCUCAGCAAGACAGCAAAAGUUUUCCUUUAAUUUAUGAAGUGCCAACAUUCUGUGCAGGGCUGUACACAAGGUGUGUUAGUACAAUACAGAAUUAGACACCUUUAGCAGAGAAGGAAAGAAAUCCCUCCCUAGGGAUUUGUGCAGAGCAUGAGAUGGCUAUUAAGAUUACAAUCUAAAUGAGACAGGGUGUAGCAGAGGUUAUGUUAAAAGCAAGAGGGCGGCAGGGAGAUUGGUUCAAACCUUUUUAAUGGAGGAAAUAGACCAGUCUUAAACUGCCUGAUUUUUGUUUGAAAUUCCAUAAUUGAUGUGGUUUUCAUUAAGUUUCCCAGCUUGCCCAGCCAGUAGCCGAUGUCUGCUGUGUGUGUGUGUGUAUUACUGGGUCAGGCCAGGCUUUCGCCAGGUUCAGUACAGGAUGUUUCCCCUGUGCUACGUGAACGUGAUUGAGAGAGCCUUUUAUGGAAGAAAACACAGAGCCUUCUUAUAGCCGUGUGUGCACACGCAGCGAUGUGGUCUGUCUAACAACAGGAAGUGUGUGUCUCAGCCUUCCUGAGUCACUGCUCAGAGCUGCUCUGCAACACAUUAAGAUGUAAACUGCAAGCCCCACAGGAAUGUCCUCCCUGAUUCAGCAAACAAUUCUUUAUUCUCCUUUGCCCUAAAUAUUUCCUUUCAAUAAUCUGCUUCCAAGUAUCCUACCAUUGGGAACAUUUGUUUAAUUUUUGUUUUGUGCUGGAAUCAUCUUUACUCUUAGUUCUCAUAGGGACAGUCACCUAAACAGCAUUUUCAUAAAAUUCACCUGUACUUCCAACAAGUGUUAGACAUCAAAUGUACAUAGCAGCUUAGAUAUAUUGGCUACAGUUAGUUUCCUUUGGUUCAGCAGGAUGAAGAUGUUAUUCUGUGUACAAUGUCAUUUAUUUCCUGAUACUAUACAUAAUGAUUCCAAUCCCUGCGUGUGUUCCCUUUCCUGCACCCCCUCACUCUCCCACUCACAAUCUGACUUUGAGCUUGCGUUAAAAUGCUCUAUAAAUAUACUUCUACCUUUUGAAGGUAUCAGAAAUAAAAAGAGAAUCUUAUACCACAGAUUGUGAUGAUAAAAGGCAGAUUUUAAGGCAAAUGAAAAACAUAGACUUCACAUAAUUUGUGUACCCGACAUUCUGAGCUAUUUAAAAAAAAUAAUAAUGUUUUUGUAUUCAUUUGUGUUUGCAGCUGAAAUUUUAUCACAAAACAAAUGUUACAAUUAGUUAUUAGUUUGCUACUGUUUUAAGAUGCAGUGUAGGUACAGCAUAUUACCGAUAUUGUGCUACACAAUAGGUUAAAGACAGUUGGUGAGAUUCCAAUUGAGAUUUUAUGGUUAAAAAAAAGUCACAAGGCAUUCAAAAUCUUGUGAAAGAGACAUUUGCGCUUUAAGGCAGUCUGUAGCAGUUAUAUAGUCUCCUUUCAAUCAAUCCUAUUUAAUAUUUGGAGUGUUUGGUGCUGGAGCAAGGCUGUUUACGAAUAAAUUUACAUAUUUCACUGCAGCCAAUAACCGCUUUACGAUCAAGGUUAGAGACCUCUUCUCUCUGUACAGUUUUUAUUUUAGUGAGAAAUAGGAUUUUUGAUUUAGCCAUUUGAUCUGCAUACUAUUGUCUAGCUUUUAAAAUUAUUCAUAGUUUUAAAAUUCGUGGGUGGUUCAUAAUACUUGCAGCUCAAAGCUUGGUAGUGCAGAAAAUAAAUAUUCCUUUCAUUGUUACUUGAAUGGUAAACUUUGUUUUGCACGCCUGUCAUUUAAACAAUGAAGGGUUUUUAAUGCAGUUUUUCAGCUCACGGUUUCUUUCUUUCUGACAGACCUUAACGAAAACCUAUGGGGAUUUCUUGGUUGAUCCUGAACCAGGUAUGUAUCAAAUUCCAUUCUAAAAGUACAGGUUGCUUUAAAUUCAAAUAAAUAGCAAAUUAUGACAACUGGUAAGAUUUAGCUUAAUUUAGCCAAUAUGUAGAAAAAUAAGAAUAUCUUCUACCCAGCAUUGGUUAUUUAUCCUACAUUUUGCACUCUCAAUUUAUCACAUCAAACGGUUUGUGAAACAUCAGCCCCUCCCCCCACCGGUAACUUCCCCAAAAUGCUAGUGCCGUUCUGACAGUUCAGUAACUUCUCACAUAUAGUCAGGUUCACCUCAACCUUUUCAUUGUACAUGAUGCAGAUUAAAUAUUUGUGCGAUCUGUGCUUUGUGUAUCAGUAUUUGAUGGCUACACUUGAAUUCUACAAAGGUAUGCGUUUAAAUUGACAGGAAGGAUACUUCCGCACACACUUUAUCCAGAUGUCAAUGAGGCAAACUGUAAUCUUAUUAAGAAUCCCUAUGCAUUCCUUAUCUGGUGGUAGAUUAACUAGUGUUAGGAUAUCAAAAAACGGGUCGCAAGAGUAUACUGAGAACGAACAGCAGCUAAAAUAGCCUGCCCUUCGGUGGGUCCCCGCUCAGAUCUCAAGCUGGUUUUAGCUCCUCUUGUGCCAUUACAGAGAGAACAUAUCUGAAGCAUAUCAGACUGGUCCCACCCAUACGGGCAGUCCAGAUCCAAAAUGCCAGCAAGUUCUCUCUGCACGAGAGAUACAGCAACCCCAGAUGAUUAUUUCAACCUUGUUAGGCAUUAUCAGUGAGGCAUAGCUGAUAUCUCUCUAGGCACCGUGAGCAAGGGGUUCAUGUCUGGAUUACCCUUUAAACUAAUGGAGAGCGAAAAAAGGGUCGCAAGAGUAUUCUGAGAACGGACAGCAGCUAAAAUAGCCUGCCCUUCGGUGGGUCCCCGCUCAGAACUCAAGUUGGUUUUAGGAUAGAAUACUUUUAAUUAUUGGGGCAGGUCCAAAUGUUGUAGGGGGUUAUCUGAUAUGCCAUCUAUUACUCCGUAAAUGGUGGAAAGGAAUCCACUUUUUUGGUCUUGAGCAACUGCUCCGUUAAAGAAAUUGAAACUAGGAUGAUUGUUUCCUUUAACCCUUUAAGGACCAAACUUCUGGAAUAAAAGGGAAUCAUGACAUGUCACACAUGUCAUGUGUCUUUAAGGGGUUAAAUCUCCAUUUGUAUUGAAUCCCUGCUGUUUUACAUACAUCAUAUAACAAGAUCGACACAAAUACUGUCUCUGCAGGUUACAAUGUGUCUUUGUUGUACAAUCUUGAGAACCUACCUCCAAACCGAGACUCCGUUGUUCACCAAGCUGGCAUGCUCAAACGCAACUGCUUUGCGUCCGUGUUCGAAAAAUAUUUCAAGUUUCAAGAAGAGGGACGAGAGGGAGAGAGGAGAGCUGUGAUCCAUUACCGUGAUGAUGAGACCAUGUAAGUCUUUUUUUCAGAGCAGAGUAACGUGUUAUUCUUUGGAAUAUUAAAAACAAGUGCAUACUUAAUGUGUGUAUUGAUGGCAUUUUCAGCAUUUUUUUAAAAUUUGGCAUUUUUCUAGGUACGUGGAGGCCAAGAAAGACAGAGUGACUGUUGUAUUCAGCACGGUGUUUAAAGAUGAUGAUGACGUAGUGAUUGGCAAAGUGUUCAUGCAGGUGAAGCACACAUAUACGUUUUUCUUUUUUUUGGAUGGCUACUGGUUUUUGAAAUGUCUGUUUAGUGUGAGGCGAAAGAGCCAUGGGGUUCACACUAAAUGGAUCAUGUUUUAGUGACCUCCUGUUUAUAUUUGGCUAUCCUUAUCUUUGUGCAGGAGUUUAAAGAAGGUCGGCGUGCCAGUCACACAGCGCCACAGGUACUCUUCAGUCACCGAGAGCCUCCACUGGAGUUAAAGGACACAGAUGCAGCUGUGGGUGAUAAUAUUGGAUACAUCACAUUUGGUAAGUAUGUAUCAAGGAAUCUAUUUAUGAAAUACUCAUAUAGACUGUGUUGGAAUUUUACUGAAAUUCCAACCUAGUCAAGAGAUAUUUCCUCUGCCUGACACUGUCUGGAAGUGUCAACCCUCCCCCACUCUAUUUAAGGAGGAUCUGGCAGGAACCUCAAUGCUGUACUUUUGCCUCCCUUCCACCCCCCUAUCACAAACCCCAAUUUUACUAUUGCCCCAUAUGGUGACAGUACCACUUUAAUAGAUCAUAUGCAACUAUCUGCCAUUUCUUGCAUACCUGUAAGGGCUCUGUUUUGACUAGUGAUGAGUAAAUGUGUGUUUCUUUUGACUAUUGCUUACAUUUGUGUUUCGUUUUUCUUCAGUGCUCUUUCCACGCCAUACUAACCCCAAUGCACGGGACAAUACCAUCAACCUUAUCCACACAUUCCGGGAUUAUUUGCACUAUCACAUCAAGUGCUCCAAGGUACUUUAUAAGGAUGGCUAACCUAGGUUCCUGACACUGGAUGGGGACCUACGUUUAGCUGGGAAUUAUUAAUUAUUAUUUAGAUGGUUAUUUUACAAAUGUUUUAAUUGAUUAAUUUGUCUGUAUUUUUCCAAUGAUAAGUUAUUGAAUUCAUGAUUUGCACGUUAAUCUGCUAUUCAUGGUGUACCUGCCAUGUAAAUAUUUGGCAAACAGUAUUAAUCAAAUAUUAACACAAAUCUUAAGCAAUGUAUAGUUCAAAAGAUGGUUAUUCAGGAGUAUCCAGCCUACCUAUGGUCAGUAAGCAAGCUUUAUAUUUUAAACAUUUUAGAUUCCAUUUUCUUAUGUCUUAAUAUGAAGUUGGAUAUGGCUUCAGCAAUGAUACAGGCCUCGACUGGAUCUGCUGUAGAAAAACUGCCCUCGUCUCUGUUAAAAUUGUUGUUCUAUAUGUGUGCUAUGUCUUAUUAAUUGGUCUAUAACUGGAAAUUACGUUAGAUGCCAAAGCUGUAAUUAAAUUGUCCCUCUUAUGCUCCUUGUUUUGUCACCAGGCUUAUAUCCAUACUCGCAUGAGGGCGAAAACCUCAGAAUUCCUUAAAGUUCUUAACCGGGCUCGCCCAGACGCUGAGAAAAAGGAAAUGAAAACUAUAACGUAAGUUCUGUAUUGGCUCUCAUGAAUGCCAUGUUAUUGGAAUGAGACCAGUUCUGUACUAGACAGCUCUCCAUAGGUGCCAUGUUAUUGGAAGGAGACCAGUUCUGUAUUAGUCAGCUCUCCAUAGGUGCCAUGUUAUUAGAAGGAGCCCGGUUCUGUAUUAGACAGCUCUCCAUGAGUGCCAUGUUAUUGGAAUGAGACCAGUUCUGUAUUAGACAGCUCUCCAUAGGUGCCAUGUUAUUGGAAUGAGACCAGUUCUGUAUUAGACAGCUCUCCAUGAGUGCCAUGUUAUUGGAAUGAGACCAGUUCUAUAUUAGACCGCUCUCCAUGAGUGCCAUGUUAUUAAUAGACCAGUUCUGUAUUAGGCCGCUCUCCAUAGGUGCCAUGUUAUUGUCGAGAAGCCAGGAUUAUUUGAGAGGAUUGCUUCUUCGGUAUGGCCUCUUUAGUGGCUUGCUAAUUUUCUUGUUUUUUGGAUAAUCUUGUUUUUACAUCAUCGUUUGAAUAGAUUGACACAUUGCUGCCAAGGGUUUUGAAAUCAGUAAGUGGGUGUAGCUGGAGGGAGCUGGCAUUGUGCCGUGUAUCCAGCUGUUGGUGUGAGCAUCUUAUGGUACCACUCUCACCAUCUGAAAACACCAGUUCUGAAAGAAGUCUUCUGAUCAUCAGCUGUAGAGCUCCAACUUUUCUGUCUUUUGGAAAUUGAUCUGUUAGUUUGUGUUAAGUACAUUACAAAAAAAUUGUUUCUGGUAUAUCCCGAGGAAUGCACAUAUUUUAUUAUUUACCCAUUGUCCGAAGGAGACUCUUCUGCAAAAUCACUCACCCUCCCUUGGUUCACUACACCUUAAGUAAUAACUUGUCUUGGAUGUGACCCAAGUUUGUUUUAUGAUCAUGUGAUCUCUUUUUAUGUUGAAACAAUGUUAUUGGUAAAAAAAGUCAUUUCACCACCAGCAUGUGGCAAGUCACUGGUCAUACUAUGCACGCAUGUGUACUGUGACAUAUCUGUGCGUGUAUUGACAUGCUAUCUCACAGAAAUCAGUUUUUUGCAAUUCCAGUAGGUAUUUGAAGAUGUGUAUAUAUAUUUAUUUUGUUUGUAAAUUGCUGUCAUAUAAGGGUACUUCACUCACCUGUGUGGUUAAAUAUGUUUUAGGUAUUUGUAGAAAAAUCUUUCUUCUUAGAUAGUCUGUAUUUCUCUUCUUGUUGAGUGGCUCGCCAUGAUGUUAAUAUAGAUAUAUAUUCUUCUUCUAUGUGUCAGUUAGAAACAUCAAUACGCACCAGACUUGCGGUUUCUUUAGGUUUAUUCAGCUUGCCAUUACAAAUAUGUAAUAUAAUAACAAAGGAUGUUACAUGAUGAAUGUAAUUGCUUGACUCAGAAAGUCUAUUUCCAUAAAAUCAAAGAAGUUUCAAACCUAACCCCAACACUCCAGUUAAAUGAAGGAUGUCUGUGACAAAACCUUUCUUUGUGUAGUUACAGCAAUCAAGUAAGAACAUUCAUAUGAUUCCUAUUGGUUCAGAACCACAUUCCAGAAUUCUCAAAGAAAGCCAUGUGACUUAUUGAUACCAUCUGUUACUCGUGCUCAAUCCAGACACACACAUCUAAUGUAUGGAUAUUUAUGUAUUUUUUUUUUUUCUUUUUACCAAAGUGGAAGUAGUUUAAUUUAUGGGUUGAGACAUACCAGUUGAAUAGGUUAUCUGUACCUUUACAGUACACGUUUGGAAGUUUUUGGAUGUUGCCAAAUAAGAGGUCUGAAGUGGAUAAAUAGCUGUGAAUGUAAACUAAUGCACAACGUGAAGAUGUGUAAAUUUGCGUUCAUACCAUCACUACCACAACGUGGAUGUUUUAACAUAAUCUUUCUACAGUAUUUAAGUUCGGAGUUAGUGUUUUGGCUAACCAUAGACUAUAAUGGGGUGUAGAAAAGUCAGCUUUUAUAUAUUUAAUAUUUGUGGUGUUUGUCACCAAAUACUGUCAGCGUCUGGGUAAUAUACAUAAACAUUGCUACCUAUGGUUUGUUACACUAUGCUGCCAGCAAACCGAUUAAAAACUUCCAAUAUAGGCAAAAAGGGAAUUAGGAGCACACCAAAAACUUGAAUUUUGCAAGAAUAGUGCUACCGUAGAGACCAAAAUGUAUACGUAAUACAGAUUAAGGUACCGCGCACACAUUUUAUAAGGCUGCUUAAAAUCACCUAUUUCAGCAAACAAAUCUGGGGAUCAGUUCCAUCAUAUGGCCAUAUUGUGUUAAGCCACUAUUUAAUCUCCCACGUUGGAAUUGGUGUAGGAUCCACCGAUUUUGGGGUACUGUGACAUAGUGGUGGUCUUAACACAAUAUGGCCAUAUGGUGGAACUGAAUCUCCAUGUUUGCUGAGAUAGGUGAGUUUAAGUAGCUUUGUAAAAUUAAAAACUGCAAGUAUGUCACAUCAAUGAGCGUAUGCACUCUGUUUAUUCACAUAGUGUUAGAUUUCAUGGGUACAGCACUCUCUCUUGUGGGAGAGGAUCUGUGGCGCCUUGUUGAUAAGGAUUGCUGCUUCAUGUAAAUAUUCUUAUCAGCCUACUCAUUCAAAGAUCGUUUUGAUAGAGCACUGUAUAGAUUUAAUUUUUGUACCUUACAUCGUACAAUGAGUCAUUCUUGUGGAAAUAUUUUCUCCAUUCUAACAAUGUUUUCUCUUAGUUCAGCAUUCGUCCUUAUGUGUUUUCUGUUAAUAUUUUAUAUUUUUUUUUCCUUUCUUUUCGCAGGGGAAAGACAUUUGCCACCCGUUGAUCACACGUGGGAAUGCCAAGUCAAACAAGUGAAAUGGCAUAAGUUAGCACCUGUCCCUCCCCAGCAUAAAUAGAAUCCAGGUGGAACGGUUCCAAUAUGAUCUGCAUUCUGGGGUACAAUUCAGUAAAAUGUAUUUUAAGCUGUGCUUUGCCAUGACUGAAGAAUAAUGAAACAGGCCGCUGUCAUGCCGGCUGUUACCAUUGUCCUUUCCCUGCCAUGUUUUGCUUCUGUAUUUACUUGUUUUCUUAUCAGACAAACUAAAAUCCCAAUGAACAUACCUGUGCGUAUGAAUUGAAACGUUGACCGUAAUCAUUUUGGAAUUGUUGGAAAAUAAAUAAAUAAAUCUUUCUAUCCUAAUAUUGGAAAAUAGUGUAUUGUUUUUAUUUUAUCUCUGAAUUUAUAUCAAUGCCAUGUUUAAACCAGGCCCAGUAUAAUCAGGACUUAUUCCAAU